GUGUGAACGUGACCACAGCAGCGCCCAUGUGAUAUGUGGCUCACACUGGGGAUGUUUGUCUGUUGUGGCAAGAGCUGAACACUAAAUCGGACCAAAUUAUAGACUUUUUCUCACGAAUUUUAAGCAGGUAUCAUGCUUUUACGUAGAUAAAUUGCGUACGAAGUUUGGACGCUUUCGGACUGCUGCCAUAAUCCUUUGAGUUUAUCUGGAUGUUGGCAGCGCUGGGGUGGGGCUGAAGCGGAUGACACACGGAGGAGCGAGGAUCAAACCGGAGUGUUUGUCACAGCAGCAGGAGCGUGGUGCGCAGACAUGACCAAGACCGAGCCCAAGAAGGGAAACGCCGGAAGCUCGUCGUCUGUCGUGACCGGUAAAAGCUCCGUGUCCACCGGGGAGCAGCUCAACAACGGGGCGGCGCUGGAGCAGAGCCACGCGGAGCCGGGCAGACCCAAGGUGAUGAAGCAGGCGUCCAAGGAGAGUCUGUACCGGAGGAAUACUGAGAGUGAGGUGUAUGAUGAUGGCACAAACACGUUUUUCUGGCGAGCCCACACAGUGACAGUGCUGUUCAUUCUGACCUGUGCUCUGGUGUAUGUGACUCUGCUGGAGGAGACGCCUCAGGACACCACCUACAACACCAAAAGAGGGAUCGUAGCUAGUAUCUUGGUGUUUCUUUGUUUUGGAGUGACACAAGCCAAAGAUGGACCCUUCACCAGACCACAUCCAGCGUACUGGAGAUUCUGGCUCUGUGUCAGUGUGGUCUACGAGCUUUUCCUCAUCUUUAUCCUCUUUCAGACUGUUCACGAUGGGAGGAUCUUUAUGAAAUACAUCGACCCUAAACUCGGGGUCCCCCUCCCGGAGCGAGACUAUGGGGGCAACUGUCUGAUAUACGACCCCGACAACACCACCGACCCUUUCCACAACAUCUGGGACAAGAUGGAUGGAUUUGUGCCAGCUCACUUCUUGGGAUGGUACAUUAAGACGUUGAUGAUCCGUGAUUGGUGGAUGUGUAUGAUCAUCAGUGUUAUGUUUGAGUUUCUGGAGUACAGCCUCGAGCACCAGCUGCCAAACUUUUCUGAGUGCUGGUGGGACCAUUGGAUCAUGGACGUUCUGGUGUGUAACGGUUUGGGGAUUUACUGUGGGAUGAAGACUCUGGCCUGGCUCUCCAUGAAGCCUUAUCAGUGGCAGGGACUCUGGAACAUUCACACCUAUAAGGGUAAAAUAAAGCGUAUUGCGUUCCAGUUCACUCCCUACAGUUGGGUCAAGUUUGAGUGGAAACCUGCCUCUAACCUGCGGCGCUGGCUCGCUGUCCUUGGCAUCAUCUUUAUGUUCCUGUUGGCCGAGUUAAACACAUUUUACCUGAAGUUCGUUCUGUGGAUGCCUCCGGAGCAUUACCUGGUACUGCUCAGACUCGUGUUCUUCGUCAACGUGGGAGGAGUCGCCAUGAGGGAGAUCUACGACUUCAUGGACCACCCUAAGUUCCAUAAAAAGUUGGGUCAGCAGGCGUGGAUCGUGGCAGCCAUCACAGUGACAGAGUUCCUGAUCGUGGUGAAGUACGACCCCCACACCCUGAUGCUCCCCAUCCCUCUGUCCAUCAUCCACUGCUGGAUCCUGGGCCUUGGCCUCAUCGUCUCCUGGACCCUCUGGAGGUUCUUCAUACGUGACAUCACCCUUAGAUACAAAGAGACACGGAAACGCAAGCAGGAAGCCCCGCUCGGCAACGGCUCCACUCCAACGGGACGCAGCAAACUCAACGGCUCGGACACCGGGGUCAGGCAAAGAAAGUCCUGAAACGAGUCCUCAGACCAGACCCAAGUCCAGAUCUGGGACUGAACCAGGGCUGAAGCAGGACCAAAGGGACUAUGGCUAAACUCAUAGUGACUCAUGACAGUGAAGAUGGAUGUAUGGACACUAAUGCACAGUGGACUUAAGCUGAGACUGCAAGAGUUGAACAGAGGAUCAGCCAAAACAUUAUGACAAUAUAUUCAAUUUUUUUGUUCUAAGAGUGUAAAAACGAUUUUGAAAAGCAGCCAAAAGAGCUGAUUAAAGGUGCAAUGUGUAACUUUUUUUCAGUGGAGGGUACAACAUCGACUUUUGCUAUUGCUAUUGGGUUGCCUGAAAAGUUCCACAGUACGGCAUUAAACAAACCUAUUUAGCAUUUCUUUCAUUGCAGGUGUUUUAAUUGCAUUCUUAGUGUGAGUGGCAUCACCUCCACAGAUCUUACCUGCAGCUUGGCCUGCUGGCGUCACCUACAUGUGUCCUUUGAAAUACGUAAGUUUAAAGCCAUACUGUGGAACAUUCUAGGCAAAGCAAUAGCAUCUGCGGAGACAAGAAAAUGGUUCUACCUUUUAGAGAGAGGGUCAUAAUAUUUUGGCUGAUCUGUGUAGUUAUCAGACAAGUAGUGCCACAGCGAAUUACCUCAUAGUCUUUAAAAUAUUUUUGUUUUGUGGGUUUAAGGUAAUUAUUUGGUUAAGAUAAAACUGAACAAGAACAUACGCACAUUUCCACUGCACUACUUUCUGCUAUAGUAUAUCGUGGCUCAAUAGACCGUUAUUUUUGCACAACCAGAAAUGUGACAUUUAAAUCAAACACUGACCAAAAGAUUUGAAACUAGAAGGGAAUUUGGAGCUUAAUGUGGAAAUUCAACUGAAAAUCCAUAAAUAUUGGGAUUAAAUUCAACCAAUAACAAUUACCAGUAUAUAGUACCGGUAGUUUUUGGUUGACAGUUGUCAUUUUGGAGGGUAUAUUUUUCGUGAAUGCACUGAAUUUUAUCCCUAAACUUGAAAAGGGGGUCUUGGCAACAUUAUAAAAAAAAAAAAAAAACUAUGCUAAAAUAUACUUAGUGUAAAUAUAAACUUAAUUGCAAAGGGAGAGUUGAAUUAGUUUUGGUAAGUUACAAUCGGCUGAUCUGAUUUAGAUUAUUUUCAGUUCCAACGUGGACUAGAACAGGGACUAGAACAGGGACUAGAACGUGGACUAGAACGUGGACUAGAACAGGGACUAGAACGUGGACUAGAACGUGGACUAGAACAGGACUAGAACAGGACUAAACUAGGCUUCAAAUAAUUGUUACACUUGUCAGAUAUCAUUUAAUUUUGCAAUAUUUUGUUCAACGCAAUGGUUUUCGUACUUACUGUUUAAGGACCCAUGGCUCUUAAGACUUUAUUGUAAAAAAAAAAAGUAUGUACAAAAAUAAUGAGGUUGUAACAUACUGUAGGUUUUCAAAUUGUGCAUAUAGAUCUGUGUAUAAUAGAUGGGAGGUGUCUAGUUUGGGUGCUUAUUGGUUGAUGUUUUUUCUUGAUGUUUAAGACUGAUUUAGUGCCCAAAAAAAUAGGUUACACAAUGUGCAGCAAUUAGACAAUCAUUAAACACAGUGAGAGACGUUACAAAAAAUGAUUACCGGUAUUUUUUUUAUUUAUUUUUUUUGCAGUUAAACCAGUGUUUUGCCUGUUUUUGCUUCAAAGCCAUAGUCCCAAAGAAGUCUAAAGCUCAGCAACUAAAAAUGCCAAAACAUUUUUACACUACACACUUUUACAUUACACUAUGUAACUUUUUUCUAGUGGAGGGUCUGCCAUCUGGUUUUCUCCAUGGAGAUGAUACUACAUUGCCUGGAAUGUUUCAUAGUAUGGCAUUAAAGUUAGCUAGUUCAAUUAGGAUUUAUUCAAUUACAGGUGUUAUUGCUAAAAAAAAGAAAACUGUGUAACAUUUUGGGCAAAGCAAUAACAUCUCUAUGGCAACAAGCAAGUGGCAGAGGCUCCACUAGAAAAGUUACAUAGUGGAACUUUAGAUUAGACUUUAGAUUUUGACAUCUGAAGCAAAAAUGUGUAUCCAUGGACGCAAGUGACACAACAUUGUUUAAAAUUUUAGGGAAUAACUUUAAACAUGUUGACAGUUAAGACUAACAUGUUGGAAAUUCAAAAUAAUCUCAAUUGUAGAUGUAUAUGUUUUGUAGUCUACUUAAGAUUUAAACGUCUGAUAAAUUUGACCUCAUUUAUUUGUAAAAAGUAACUAAUGAAUACAAUGUUAUCGCAAUAUAUUGUAACCUAGACUACUGCCAUGUAUGUGAAGAUUCAGUAUUUUUGUAUUAUUUAGCUGUAUUUUUGCUAAAUAAUUUGUAUAUUUUGCGCUUUAUUUUGAAAAUUCAAAGAGCUGGCAUCUGUCAUAAGCUGAUCUAUAUAGAAAUGAAUAUGUUUAUUUGAUACUUUCAGAUAAUCUUCUGUUUGUAAAAUUUAGAUUUGCUGUUGUAAAUGUUAAGCCAAUAGAUUUUUUUGUUGUGUAUGGGCUUGUGGUUCAUAGAUGCAGUCACUAGAGGGCAGUCCUUGUUUAUUGAUUGUUUGAUUGUUUAUUGAUCGUUGUUGAUUGAUUGUAAGUCUAUGAAAAAAGCCAUGUUGUGUAAAUGUAAAAACAUGUAGAAGAACAACCAAAACAAAACAUGCUGCUGUAUCAUACGGUUUUAUAACGUUUUCAAUAAAAUCAAGCAAAACGUGACAUUUGGGUGUUAAUGCUUUUAUCGUUGCU